UAUUUUCCCUUACACAGCACGCCCCCUGGUCCUCCGUGUCAGGCUUGGUUUAACAUGCUUGUAAUCAACACAAACACUCGUAGCACUCGUGUGCUCCUCUGACCAUAUCAGGCAGGCACAUGACUCCAAAACCCUGGAACAAAUCUCGGCCUAACUGCAGUUACACAAAUGCUACAUCCGAGGCGGCUUUGGUUUCCAUGACGACCGACCUGACCAACCUGCUGCAAAGGCCGAUUUCUCUCAGUCGUAAAACUUGUGUGGAGUUGUGCGGCUGUCUGCUUCACAUCCCUGAUCCGCAGGUCAGCGAUGCAUCUCACUCAGCAUGACCAAAAGGUAGACAUUGUGUUAAGAAACCAAGGAGCAACAGACUUGACUUUGGAAAUUUCAGACAGCCCUGAAAAGACUAUCAACGCUGAACCCUCUACGGACAGUUUGGAAGAAGCUCUAGACCAAAAACUGGAAAGCAGUCUUAUCUACUCUAUCAAUGAUCGACCGCCCUGGUACCUCUGCAUUCUUUUGGGUUUCCAGCAUUACAUUCUGGCAUUUGGAGGCAUCUUGGCUAUUCCUCUCAUCCUAGCUGAGCCAUUAUGCAUCAAGGACAACAACGCUGCCAAAAGUCAGCUCAUCUCCACCAUCUUCUUCGUCUCUGGCCUGUGCACUGUGUUACAGACUACCUUUGGGACCAGAUUGCCAAUCCUGCAAGGGGGGACGUUCACUUUCAUCACUCCCACCCUGGCCAUCCUCGCGCUACCCAAGUGGAGAUGCCCAGACGCCAGCGCCACACCCCACCUCAACGCCACAGAUUCUGCUGGCCUCUUCACAGACAGCGACGAGACAUGGAAACCCCGCAUUCGUGAGAUUCAGGGAGCCAUUCUAGUGGCCUCAAUGCUUCAGCUUGUUCUGGGCAUGUCUGGUCUCGUGGGGAUGGUUCUGAGGUUCAUCGGGCCCCUGGCCAUUGCUCCCACCAUCACCCUCAUUGGACUGUCCCUCUUCAUCCAGGCCGGACAAAAGUCAGGGUCUCACUGGGGAAUUGCUGCUCUAACCGUUUGCCUCAUUCUUCUCUUCUCUCAGUAUCUGAGCAAAGUUAAUGUUCCUCUCAUUGCUUAUAAGGACAAGAAGUGGAAAGUGUUUCAAUAUCCACUUUUCAAACUCUUUUCUGCUUUAUUUGGGAUGUGUGGAGCCUGGCUUAUUUGCUUUCUGCUGACAUAUUUUAAUGCCCUGCCAUCCUCACCAAAGGAGUACGGUUAUAUGGCCAGGACAGACAUAAGUCUCAAAGCAGUAACAAGUGCUGCAUGGUUUUAUGUGCCGUAUCCAGGUCAGUGGGGUUUACCUACUGUCAGUCUGUCGUCUGUACUGGGCAUGAUGGCUGGGGUACUGGCAUCCACAAUGGAGUCUAUUGGAGACUAUUAUGCUUGUGCUCGUCUCUCUGGUGCACCUCCACCACCCACCCAUGCUAUUAACCGCGGCAUUGCAGUCGAAGGCAUCGGCUGCAUAUUGGCUGCUCUGUGGGGCAGUGGAAAUGGCACCACCUCCUACAGCCAAAAUAUCGCCGCUCUGGGAAUUACAAGGGUUGGCAGCAGAUUGGUACUUCAGACAGCUGGACUGCUAAUGAUCUUUCUGGGACUCUUUGGGAAAUUCAGUGCGGUCUUUAUAACUAUUCCAGACCCAGUCAUUGGAGGAAUGUUCUUGAUCAUGUUUGGGAUGAUAGCUGCAGUGGGAAUCUCCAACCUUCAGUAUGUGGACUUGAACUCCUCCAGAAAUCUCCUAAUUUUAGGCUUUUCAACCUUCAGUGGCCUUGUGCUUCCAACAUGGUUUCAUUCAAACCCAGACAUGAUAAACACAGGCAUAAAAGAGCUUGAUCAGCUAAUUAUGAUCCUUUCCACAACCCACAUGUUCAUUGGUGGAUUCCUGGGGUUUGUUUUGGAUAACACAAUACCAGGAACCGACGAAGAAAGAGGAAUCAAGAGUUGGAGGAAAGCAGUUCAUGACGGGACGCAAACACACUCCACUGAUCUUUCCUGUUACGAUCUGCCUUUCUGCACAAACUUUGUUCAAAGGUUCAAACUACUUCAGUACUUCCCAUUUCUGCCAUCACUUAAAUCACAAGAGCAGGUAACGCAUCUGUAGUGAGACUUAAAUUUUUGAAUGGCACAUUCCAGAAAACUUUCCCACAUGAGAAGCAUUCAGGCAUGACUUCGUGGAGUGAGGGCCUGCUCAUGGUUUACCGUAGGUUAGUUUCUAAACCUGUUUAUUAUUUGUGCAUUUUUCCUGUUGGUGAUACCAAUGGUGCAGAAAUGACACAGCUCAGUUUUAUUAUAUACUCAUUACUGUAUUAAUGCUGGUGAUAUGACACUUUAUUCCGGUAAUGAGCAAUCUGAUUUUGGCCUUUAUAACAGUCACCUUUUUAACGUAUUUUAGAAAGACACAUUGGGUCUCAUUCACUAAUAAUUGCGUACGUUUUUCGUAUUAAUACGCACACUUGAACUUUCCGCCUAAUUCACAACACGUGAGUACGCACAUGAGUUUGUUCUUAUAUUUGUUCUUUCUUUAGUGAAUUUGAAGUGUUCUACAUGAGCGGCCGCAUAGAGACAGAGCGCAGCGCGUCAUAACCUGAAAAACACGCCCACCGGGGGGGAAACAAUCCAACUGUCUCCAUUGACUUUGUAUUGCGAGAGGCCGCCUCCUUGUCAUUUCUGGCUUUUAACAA